GACCCUAGGGUAAAUUAUAAUCAUAAGUUUGGUUUGGCUCCCUCAGAAAACUUGACUAUUACUGCUAAGUUUCUGGCCAAUCCUAUGCCCUCAUUCACUUGGUCGUUUCAAAACGCUUCUAGUGAACAGACAGCUGAGCUUGUAAGCGGGACAAGCAACUUUGAAACACACAAUGCCUAUUUUUCGACGAACCUGUCUGUGGUGUCGGUAGGGAUACGUACAAACAUGCAGGAGCACUGGUACGGAACAUACAACGUCAUGGCCACAAAUAGUCAGGGAAGUGGAAGGAAUAGCUUUUUAGUGGAAGCACAAGGAAAACCUAACCCUCCAUACGAAGGAACAGUUAUUUGUCCUGACCCAGACCAAGCUAUCCUGAGCUGGAAAUCGGCAUUCGAUGGUGGAUCUACCCAAACAUUUGUGGUCGGCAGAAGAAGUCAAACACAGGAUACACUUGUCAUCUACAGAAAGGAGAAUACCCCCGAUCCAGGACAACACCGGACUGCUAAUAUUUCAAUACCUGGCCUUGCUGCAGGUACGCAGCAUUUCUUCGUGGUAUUCGCUGUGAAUGAAUUCGGAAACUCGUCGAUAGAACGUGAAGUGAACUGCACAACAAAAGUUUUGCCUGCCCCUGAAGCUUCUCCCCUUGGUCCAAUACUGGGAGCAGUCGGUGGAUCCGCUACAGCAGUCAUUGUCGUGAUUGUUGUAGUUGUCAUUGUGGUAACAAAGAAACGAAGAUCCGGAAAAAACAAAAGAGAUGACGAUAUCGAAAUGAUCCCAGAAGAAAUAAGUCCUGGUGGAAGUUCAGACGGACUGAAACGUAACAUAUUGUAUGAGUCAUCUGAUGAACUCAAGGCUAACAUUUUGUACGAGACAUCGGGUCCUCAACCAGGGAGUUCAUCUGAGUAUGCUGUAGUUCAAAAGAAAUCGAAACAAAAGCCUGCAUCACCAGAUGCUGAAUACGCUGUAGUUGACAAAUCAAAAAAAGAAACAUCAAAACCAACGAAUGAUGUAUACGCAGAAGUAGUCAAGCCUGCUGGAAAGGGUGGAAAGGGUGGAAAAGGUGGAAAAGGUGGAAAAGAUAAACGGAAGCCGGGAGGGAACAAAACAAAAGGCCACGGUACGGAGACGAAUGUCAGGGACAAAACAGAUGCAAACGCUGAAAACGUUUACGAAAAAGUUGAAAAUAUGGACGGAGCAUCAGGUAAUAUCUACGCUAAUUGUCAGGAUGGAGCCACGCCUGUGUUGAACAAAGGACCGACCCGCAGCAGGAACCAAGAUGGUCUUAUCUACCUGGAUAUCGAAUUUAAAGAGAGGGAAGACGGCAGAAGCUAUGUUAUACACGGUAUUGAAAACAGAACUGAUUAUGCAGAUGUAGACUUCACCAAACGUGCAGAUCCACUACCGCCUGACAGCGAGGACUCCAAUCAGUCAUGAGAAGUGACCUUCAGCAACUAAGCUGUGAUUGUAUACACUAUUUCAUAAUUAUGUACUGCAUUACUGUCAUAAAAGAUUUACAUCAUAACCCAUCUAAUAAUAUUAAUAUAUGCAUAACAUUGAAUAACGGAGAAGGUUACAUGACUUUAUAUCCAAAAACCAAUAAAACAUAUAAUGUGUCUAAAGUUAGCGACAGUACUUCAUAAUAAUAUCCAUUACAUACCGGUAUAUGUCUUAGCGUUCUUUAAAAUCUAUGCUUUAAUGUGCUUUAAGGAAUGCAUUCAUUGAGUGAAACAUUUAACUUUUUGUCUUAUGAGAAACGUUUCCUUACCAUGGGAAACUACAAAUAUCUUACGCAGUGGAUGUCGCGUGCAUUAUUUAUAUUCGAUAAAGGUAGACUUCAAUAAAAGAAACUUUAUAUAUGGACACAUCUGUAAACAAAACACCAAAUGAAAGAAUGUGUGUCAGAUAUUGAGGUUCGGCUAUGGAUGGUGUAACCGAAUUCUAAUAUAGCCCUCCAAAACGUUUGCAAAUGUGUUAUACUUAGUAGGGAAGGUACUUUAUACAUAUAGAGCAUAACAAAUUUUAAGGUCCCUGUAUAUAUUUUUAGAAAUUUGGGAACAUUACCAUUUCAAAUGCUGUAAAGAAAAUCGCACUUAUGACGUUACCGUUGCAAUCGAUAUUUUAUGAUUUCAUAAAAAGGUUACUUAUUCCAUAUAUUUAGAUAUUUUAACUGAUAAAAGUAAAUAAUGAAGUACUCUUUUAGAAACUUAACUUUAUAUAUCAGACUAGUGAAGAAAGAGGAUAUACCUCAUUAUAAAUGUCAGUAGGUCAGCUCAGUAACAUUUUUCAAUCUGACUCCAUCCGUCGAUGUGCGUCGUCCUUUGUUAAUUUACUUUUUCACAUUUACGACUUACUCUCAAAAAACACUGAGCUGUUUUUGAUAAAAUUUUGCAGAAACCUUUUUUUAAAUGUCUACCAAUAUUGUAAAUCAUAUGGUCCCUACCUCCCUACCCCCACUGGGGCCUGAGGGGCGGGGCCAACAGGGUUCAAAUUGACUGAUAUUUCAAAAAUCUUCUUUAAACCAAUAUAUAUCAGAAUAAUAUACUCUUUAUAAAUGGAAAGUUCUUAAGAUGCUUUAUAAAAAUGGAACAUUUCAUGACUCCUGUGUAUAACUUUGCCUUGGGAAGGGGCUUUAUUGAACUAUAGCUUAAACGGGAAACUCAUAUAUUUAAGCAUAAUUUGUUUCGUUUUAAUUAUAAAUUGGUUUACCAUUUGGUCAUUGCUAACUUUAUUUUAUGACAAUUUUAUCAGAAAAUGUCAAAGUAAAAUGCCUUGCGAUGCGGUCAAAGGAAAAAAAGUCUCAAAUUGAGUAAUUUUCAUUACGAAUGAAAGUACAUGAUACACUGAAACAGAAUGUGCAAGUUGCAUGACCAUCAUAUAAAAAUUACAGAAAAUCCAUGCAGCCAUUUUUUCCUGCCAAAAUUAGAAAAAUCACCGAAAAUUGCACGAAAAAGUUUCUGCUCUGUUAUAUAUUCAUAUGAAGGCUUGAUGGUUGGGAUUUCGAUAGCUUGUGUGGCCAGCUACAAAUAUUUUAGUUAUCUUUAACCUUGACCACAUUUCAAGGUGAGAUCAAAAUGGUGGGAAAAGAAAGAAAAAUCCAAAAAUUCGUUCAAAAUAAUCCAUUUCGGCCAAAUUCUAAACAACCUGCUUUGUUAAGAUGUGUGCAAUGUUACAAGGUCAAAUCAUCAAAAUUGGUGCAGAUAUUAAACUUUAAAAAAUGUAUUGGAAACUGAGAAUAAAAAAAAAAAAAGGAGAAAAGGGCAAAUUUUCAGCUUCAGGUUUGGAACAUCGAUAAUAUGUAUUGCUGGCUACAAAUGCUAUGCCUAUCUUUGACCUUUACUUUCAUUCAAGGUCACAUGGGUCACAUUACUAAAAAAAUACAAAUUCUUUCAAAAUAAUUAAUUUUGAUCACAUUUUAAAGAACCUGGUUUUAUGAAGGUGUGUACAACAUUUCGAAGUCAGAUCAUCAAAAAUGAUGCAGAUAUAUAAGAUAAACUUUUUCCCGACAAAAUUAAAAAAUAUCCAAAAUUGCUCAUAACAGUUUGGUUUCGUUUGGUUUAUUUUGUUUAACGUCCUAUUAACAUCUAAGGUCAUAACAGUUUUCUGCACUUAUCAGAUCAAAUGAAGGUUUGAUGUUGAGCACAUGUGCAGCAUGAAUGCUACAUAUGGUAUACUUAUCUUUGGCCUUGACAUUCAUUCACGGUCAAAGGGUUCAAGUCAUGAAAAAAUAAUGAUAAAAACAAUCUAUUUUAGGUCAAAAUCUUAAGAACUUGUUCUUGUGAAGCAUUGUGCAAUAUUUCAAGGGCAAACUGACGCAGAUAUGGCAGUCAUCGUUAAAAAUAGUAAAUUCUAUGACCCAUAAGUUUGAUGUUUCUCCCUGGUGAGGUGAUAAACGUUACUAUAGUUUGUGCAGGAAAAUCACAUUUCAAUGGAAAUGAUUCAAAUUAGGUAAGUGUUAUGAGGAGAGGCGCAACUAUAUUACUAUUUUACUGGAACAGUUUAGAAAUACAUUGUACAUAGAAAAUAGUUAUAUGUUUAAGACUCAGGUGACCCUUAAGACCCAAUUUCAAUUGAUUUGCGGUUGUCAUGGCAAUGACUAAACUAAACAGCAGUGAAUUCUGUUUAGCUAUUUAUUUGCCUAUCCCCCAUUGUAAGCAGUUUGCAUUUGUAUCUCAGAAACACAAUGUUUCAAUAAAUAUAUACAUUUUGAAACUAGUUGAGAUGAUCUAUCCAGAUUUUAUAGCAUUCAUUUAUUUUACCAUUGUGACCAAAAUUUAAAAUGUAUGAAAUGUAAUAUCGUGCUUAGAAAAUUACGCAGAUGAUGGUGAUCUGAAUAAAUGUAACAUGUGUAACUGUUUGUAUGUAUUAUAAUAAAAAAUAAAAUUCUAUUCAUUCCUUACCUUCUUCAUAGUUUAAGUCAA